AUGGUGUUGAAACCGUUCCACACAGAAGCCCUAAAUGGGUUGUGCUCCAAGGAUCAACUAGACCUACUAGACUCGAUCGACUGUCUCCGUUCGCAAGGCAUCAGUCACUAUGUCUCAUUGCCACAGAUCAUUGUGUGCGGGGACCAGUCAUCUGGAAAGAGCUCUGUGCUAGAAGCAAUAUCCGGCGUACCGUUUCCUACCAAAAGCAACCUGUGUACCCGAUUUCCGAUAGAAUUAGUCCUCCGCAAGACGUCGCACAUCGGCGUAAGCGUGUCGAUUGUCCCGCACGAAUCGCGCAGCGAGUCUGGGCAGCUGUCCCUCGGCGGCUUUCACGAGAAGCUAGAUGGCUUCGAUGGGCUUCCAACCCUGAUUGAGAACGCGAAAGCAGCCUUGGCAAUCUCCACACAUGGUAGAGCUUUCUCAAAAGAUCUCCUCCGAGUUGAGGUCUCGGGUCCCGACCGGCCUCACUUGACCAUCGUGGACCUGCCUGGCCUCAUCCACUCCGAAACGAAGCAGCAAUCGGCUUCCGAUGUUGAGCUGGUACAAGAUGUCGUUCAAGCCUAUAUGAAGGAGCCAAGAAGCAUCAUCCUCGCGGUAGUCUCGGCGAAGAACGAUUAUGCGAACCAGAUCGUGCUAAAGCUCGCCCGCGCUGCUGAUAAGAAGGGCAAUCGGACGCUCGGCGUUAUCACCAAGCCGGAUACUUUGAUUGCGAGUUCCGAGAGUGAAGCCAUGUACGUCUCUCUCGCGAGAAACCAGGAUGUCGAGUUCCGGUUAGGCUGGCAUGUCUUGAAAAACAUGGACUCUGAAACGGGAGAGUGGUCGUUGGCGGAUCGCGACGUCAAGGAAGAGGAGUUCUUUUCUCAAGGGAUAUGGGAAGAUCUGCCCCGCUCCCUCUUAGGCGUCGACAAGUUACGGAACAGGCUGAGCAAGUCUCUCAUCAAAGCGUCCGUGGAUGGCACUUAUAACGAUCCGUUCUUUGAGGAUGCUCAGUCUGAACCCGGCUAUCAAAAGCGUAUACGGGCCGUGGUACAGAACCUCAACCUAGACUUCGCUGAACGCAUCGCCAGGCGAGGCCACUACCGUGAGAUUAUCGACUCUCCCCGCAAGACGGCUGUUCCUAGAGGGGUAACUGCAACGACGAGAGAAGAUUUCAUGGAUCACAUACAGCACCUGGUGCGGAGGACUAAGGGUCGAGAGUUGCCGGGAACCUUUAAUCCCAUGAUAGUGGCAGAUUUGUUCCUCGAACAAUCAUCUCCCUGGGAAGCGCUCACCCGAGGCCACAUCGAAAAAGUCUGGCAGGCCGCUAAAAAAUUCCUUACUCUAACAACCACCUACGUCGCCGAUACUGCAACCUCCAAAACACUCUUCCAAAAGAUCUUCGAGCCUGCGUUAAAGGAGCUAUUAGGAACUCUGAACGCAAAGAGCACUGAGCUGCUAACGCCACAUCAGAAAAGUCACCCGAUCACAUACAAUCAUUAUUUCACCGAAGCUCUCCAAAAGGCCCGGAACGAACGAAGCAGGGAUGAAUACACAAGGAUUAUCAAAGACUUCUUCGGCACCUCUUCCAUUGAGUCGGUUGCUUUGAAACGUUUUGUCGAUGACAUUGCUAUCGAAGUUAUCGAAGCCAAGCUCAUCUCCCCGCUCCAUAAUAUCUUCUCUCCUAUUACCGUCACUUCUAUGUCCGCGGACCUCGUGACUUGCAUCGCUGGUGAGUCUGAGGAGAACCGCGCCCAGCGCGCACAGUUGAACAAACAGCUGGAAGUCCUUAUGAAGGGUAUUGAGACCUGCAGGCGCUUCGUCGGCGUCAGAAUCCUUGGAGGUGUGGAUGAUAGCACGGUUCAAUCAGAGAACACGUCCAACUCCACAGACUAUGUCCCUAGCGGCUCCGAUGAGGCGUUUGAUGAUUCAGCUUCAGAUGACGGCAGGUCGCUAUCGGAUAGCUUUCACAGAGGCGCGAGCGAGCCCAUUCAAUAUCCCGCUCCCGUUCCCCUAGGGGAGCGAGAAGUAGUGGAGGAAUUAAACGACGAACCAAAAGAAGAAAUUUACAUCUCUUCUAAAUCCAAGAAAGAUAAGAAGAAGUCGAAAGUUGCAGCGAAAUGGUUUUCUGAGUAUGAUUGACUGUUAUGCAAUUAGUAGCCGAAUGGCGGGUUCUAGUACUAGAAGAAAUACAAGUAUGGACAUGAAGUAAUAGCAAGCUCUCUCCGUC